AUGGCCAGCCCAAGGACCAGGAAGGCUCUGAAGGAAGUCAGGGUGCAGGAUGGAAACAAUGUGUGUUUUGAGUGUGGUGCGUUCAACCCUCAGUGGGUGAGUGUGACCUACGGGAUCUGGAUCUGCUUGGAGUGCUCGGGGAAGCACCGCGGGCUCGGAGUGCACCUCAGCUUCGUGCGCUCUGUCACUAUGGAUAAGUGGAAGGACAUUGAGCUCGAGAAGAUGAAAGCUGGUGGGAAUGCAAAGUUCAAACAGUUCCUGGAGUCCCAAGAGGACUAUGACCCCUGCUGGUCCCUGCAGGACAAGUACAACAGCAAAGCAGCCGCCCUCUUCAGGGACAAGGUGGCAGCUCUGGCCGAAGGCAGAGAAUGGUCUUUGGAGUCAUCGCCUGCGCAGAACUGGACCCCGCCGCAGUCCAAGACACUGCCAUCCGCUGCCUACCGGGCCUCCGGCCAGCCGCAGAGCUCGACCGCCGCCUCGGACAAGGCCUUUGAGGACUGGCUGAAUGAGGACCUCAGCUCCUACCAAGGGGCCCCGGAGAGUCGCUACGUGGGGUUUGGGAACACCGUGCCACCUCCGAAGAAGGAGGACGAUUUUCUCAACAGCGCCAUGUCGUCCCUGUACUCGGGCUGGAGCAGCCUCGCCACCGGAGCCAGCAGGUUCGCCUCAGCAGCUAAAGAGGGCGCUACAAAGUUUGGAUCGCAGGCAACUCAGAAGUUCUGGGGUUCCAGGCAGCCACCGGAGCUGGCAUCAGAGCUGGGCCACAGUCUGAAUGAGAAUGUCCUCAAACCUGCCCAGGAGAAGGUGAAGGAGGGAAAGAUUUUUGAUGAUGUGUCCAGUGGGGUGUCUCAGCUGGCGUCCAAGGUCCAGGGCGUUGGCAGCAAGGGGUGGCGGGACGUUACCACCUUCUUUUCUGGGAGAGCAGAGGACCUCUCAGACAGGCCCCUGGCGGACCAGAGCUACCAGAACAGCGGAGGGGACAACUCCCAGAGCAGCACCCUCCCCCAGAGCUUCUGGGAGACCUUCGGGAGCACGGACCCCGCCGCGGCCCACAGGUCCCCGAGCAGCGACAGCUGGACGUGCGCCGACGCCUCGGCCGAGAAGCGGAGCUCAGACAGCUGGGACGUGUGGGGCUCGGGCUCCCCCUCCAACCAUAAGAACAGCGACAACAGCGAUGGCGGCGAGGCCUGGGGCGGCGGCGGGGAGGGCCGGCCCAGCGUCACCAGGAAGGCCGCCCCGAAGGCUGCCCAGGUGGACGAGGGCUGGGACAACCACAACUGGUAG